UAUACUGUUCGUCUCGAAUGCUUCCAGCAAACUCUAACUAAUUUCCAGCAGUCUGAUGUCAGUCAAUGUCAAUCGCCCGUAAUAGGGUGAAUUAGAUUGGAUAUGUGUGGAUGUUUCCUUUUCUCUCUCGAUUAAUGCCUUUAAAAUGGGAUUUCACCAGUAUGCUGCUGAAAUCGUAAUCAUCAUGUAUGAUUUACCGAAUGAGCAAAUGGCGCAGGCAACAUCCAGCCUGUCGCAUUUCAAGACGACCGAAUAUGGUGGACCUCGACGAAAUCGGGUAAAAAACGGUCCUCGCUGACGAUCUAAUCCUGGCCCUCACAGCAACUGUCGGACGUAUGCUGGGCCGUGUACCAAGUGAUGGAGCCGAAGCUUGGGGGGAUACUGGCAAGUCGGGACUUUGUCUACGUCUCGCUGGGGCGCAAAAUAGAGGACUCGUACUUCGUUUGCAUGUGCAGCACCGAGUGGCCGGAGAAGGAACCCAAACAGGACAUGGUCAGGGUGGAGGUCGAGGAAGGGAGCGGCCUGUCAUUCUCUCCCGAUCCGGAACACAAAACGACGCGGACCCUGCUACGCUGGGUAAUUUCGAUGGACAUGAAGAUCCCGCUCGUCCCGACCUUGUUCCUGCACCAGCUUCACGUGGAGGGAUGCAGGCAAUACGUCCUCUGCAUGCGGAAGUAUUUGUCGAUGAGGCAGGAACUUCUCCUUCCGGCCUCGUAGGGUCCAUUUGAAGCAGUACAUCCCGGAUUGCCCUUCCUCCUCAUUCUUAAGCGUUUCUUUCUCUUGCGAUGAAUUUCAGCUGCGAAGACGUACUUCCCAUUUAAAUCUAAAACGAAAAAUAUUUAUCCACCUGCACUCUAUCUUGACGGCAAAAAUCUGCAGAACUUUUAAUUAUUGUUAUAUUUGUGCAUAUUGCAUACUCUAAGAAGGCUAAUAAAAAUGGAACAGAACUUUGGCUGCAUCUGAAACUAUGCUCAUAAAAGUCGUUGGCCACUCUGUGGGAGCCAACUACAUUCACUUUGCGACACCUAGUAAAAAUUCCAGUUGUCUUUUUGUUAAGGAACUCUGUGGGCGAUAUAAAGAAAUUAACAUAGCCAGUAACUUCUGAUGAAUUUUCCUGGAAUAUCAGCGCUAGGGCAGACGACAAACAUGAAGUUAUGAAAAUUAUAUGAAGCUCGUGCUAUAAUUGGGUAUCUUCAAUUGCGGAACAGUAAGUUGUUACAGUUUGCUGUGUGUGGCUGAUUCGUGAAACGCUUUCUGUGAGUUAUUAACGGUUGAUUAUUUAAUUGUUUUCACAUUACUUGAAAUUUCUAUCUGUACAGUGCUCUGAAUUCAUUUUUGUGCAAUCUUAAUCUAGAAAUGUGCCAAUAAGUCAACAAUUGCAAUUUCAAUCUUUCUUGACCCCUGAGACACAUCUGAAAAGGGUUGUAAUACUUAUUGUGUGCAAAAUUGUACUUCGUUCAUUAGUAUUGAGUGUUAAAUUGUGGG